UUAUAUUUUCGUUUUUUGAUAAGCAGAAGCAAGUCUACUUCUAAUCAAGGCCAAGCACGCCCGGCCGCUUCGAUACUGUCGUAGACACGACCCCUCCAUCGAUUGCAAAGUCGCGGUGAGUGGCUCUGAAGCUUUCAUCAAUCUGCGACUACUUUCGUGUCUUCUUUUUGAGAGGAAAGCUCGAGGUCGAGAUUGUCGGCAGCAAAUCUCUCUGGUGCGAUCCAAUUCGGGAGCGUCGCCCGCCAUUCCUCUUUAAGUAUUACUAUUGAUGUAUUUUGUAACUUCGACGAAGUGAUGAGGACUUCCAGUUCCAUGACAGGACCUCUUCCCGCUCUUGAAGAACUUCGAAGCCAACUCUACCACCACUGAUUGAGCUACGUCCUUUACAAGCAGGAAACACAAGGGCCGGACUUAGAGCGGUUUAUCUUGUUGUCACUUCGUAUGAGCGUAGGAGCACAGAAGUCUUCGUUUCUUUGCGAGCUCAGGUGUUUUUUCUUCUAUAUUAAAUCUAGUUUUUCUUCAACCUAGUUUUUUCUUCCAUAUUGAUUUCAUUUAUUUUGUCUUUGCCUAUACGACGAAGGUCAGUAGUCGGUAAGCUAGCAAUCGUUGCAAUACGGUGCUAGGACGCACACAAGAAUGUCUGCACGCGCUGACGGGGCUUGUAGGGGCUUCCCGGGGGUCGGCAACAGCGACGCUGCGCGUUUGUUUGCAGCGCAGUUGAGUCAAUAUGUAAGGUUUGUAAGCCAAAAUCCGCUGAUUUUCUUAUGUGUACUCGCUACGAUAGUGGUGGACGUAGCAGCCAUGUUCACACUGGGUUUCAUACUCAGCCGCAGCAAGACAUCAUACUCAGAUGUCUUGCUGCAGUACAGCGUUGUUGCAGCACUGCUGUUUGACUUCACGAGUGUCGUAAUUUUGCGGCCACACUACGUCCGACUGCACUGGCAAGCGAUGAGCCACCUGAAACCAGACACCGUAUCUAGUUUUUUCCAUGUUUGAUUGUGUUACAUGUUCUGAAGCAAGGCACAUGCCUCGAGGACGCAGAACCAAGGAAACAAAAUGAGUCGCGCAAGCUGCGGCAAGAGCAGCAAGAAACUACAGCAGUGAUUUUUCGUGAAGCAUGGAAAAACAUGAGAAAAAAAACUACCCCACAGAUCUACCACGUGCGAAAACUCGAGCUGCUUCAUGGCAUGGCGCAAGGUUUGGUCGGAUGCCUUUGUUGUGGCCAGUAUUUCCUGCAUCUGCAAGAAGCUGGGGGUGACUUGGCGUUCGGUCCGCAGGUACUAUUCAUUGUUAUGCAGGUAAACCUAGUACGACUACGUCAAGUCUCUUUCGUAGGAUAAUUGCCUUUCAGAAACUUUGACUCACGUACAAAGGACAAUUAAGGUCAUGAUACUCACUCUUUAAUACGACAUUCUUCAAACGGAGUCCGCGUCAGAACCUCCAAAAGGUUUUUGAUUGAGAAGAAAGCCUCCUGAAGGUUUUUGAGGUAUGUGAUCUUCUGAAGGUUUAUCUGAAGGUCUGCCUUUCGUUCCAAACCUGAAGCCUUCUCAAAGUUGAAGCUCAAAAAUGUCGCUUCUGAUCACAAAACUCCGAAGAUGUGGCGCAGUCCUUUUGUGACCUUCAGAAGAUCAAAAAGCCCUCUGAACACUGAAAGGCUUCUGAAGGUUGGGACUGCCUCCCAAGAGGGCUACCUAUUUUUGUAGCAGAAGCAGCGCCUUUUUUUUUGCGUUUCCAUUUUUGCAGGCAGCUGAAGGUCAAAAAUAACCGUUGCAAGGUCUUCUGAAAGUUGCGCCAGGCCAUGACGUAGCAGAACUGCCAAAAGCGGCCACUUUAUUUUGGCUGUUUCUGGGCAAUUUAGGACAAGCCAAAAACAGCUACAGUACUUCUGUGAUGAAAGCGCGGCUUUCGCUACUUUGACUCUAACCAUACCCAAAAGCUAUUCAACAUAGCAAAAGCUGGAGCUUUGGUUUCCCUCUAUUACUAUUUAGCCGGCCUCUUAGCUUUUUCCGCAUUCAUUCUUGUAGGUCCUCCGAGAGAUGAUGAUGAAGCAACAACUUUAGUAAAAGGGAGAGAGCCGAGCUGGAGCUGGGAGAUGCUUCCAAGUCAAGCAUACAGCUUGACCUUAAUAGAUCUUGAUGAAGUAGCCGGAGAGCUAUUUUGAAUAGUUUUCGCGUUUUUUGCGUUCUUAUUUUCUAUUUCUAAUAUAUGAUGAAUAUAAGCUUGCGAGCCUUCAUCUAACGUCGUGACUUUUUUUGCGCUCUAUCACGAAAAACGGUCCGCAGUUAAAACUGAGUUUUGAAACGACCGGAAGUGUUUCUGCAUAUUUUCAUCCUGGGGAAGUAGUAUCAAGUAAAUGAAACAUACCGGGCGGCAUGAAUUCUCUCACUUUUCGUCUGGAACAGCGACGCGGCGGAGCCGGAAAAAGUGCCGCCGACAUGGAGUCGGCCGAUUUGGGACGCCCAUACAGGGGCGCAAAAACGGGCAGUGAGAGAAAGGAAGCGAAUCCGCAUUGGUUUGCCUCGCCUUUCCUUUUUGCUCUACAGCUAGCUUUCAAGACAAAAAGACGGCCAGAAAAGUUGAAGUCGGCAGCUCUCUUGUUACGCGUGAUGAAGCAUGCCAAGAGAUGCCGUUUCGCGGUUAAGAGCAAAGCCAUCGAAGCUAAGCGUGCCGCGCGAUCUUGCCGAAGUAGGGACUGGUCCUGAGUUUUGGGGCUUAGCAUGAGGCGUAGGCUUUUGGUUUGGAAUGUUUUCCAGAAGCUUCGCACGCCACCAGAAACUGAAAGCCAAGCCUCGUGCUGCGGACACAUAGCCAUAAGAUUUUCGGCGCCCCUGGGUGGGGGGGACCCUGGACAGGAGUAGCAUUCGGGAAGGGAUUUCGCUUGCCACAGGAGCAAGGCCGCGUACGCGACCGCUACUCGCGAAAUUUGAUAUAGCGCUAAUACAUGAAGAUAGAUGUUGUUGUUCCACUUCCAUGUUGUUGUCAAGAAAAACUCGGGUCAUAACACAUAGCGAUAAUUUUCACAGGUUCUUUUGCGAGACCUUUGCUUGGUGAUGGGUAUCGUCACCAUAUUCACACUGCUUCUAGACCUAACCACUGUUGUGUGCAGAUUAAUUCUGCGUUUCCCCGGCGAUCCCGAAGAGGAAUUCCUGGCAUACCUGAGUGCAGUGCUUGUUCGGCUUCUGCCGAAUCUCUGCUGUCUGGGACUAGUUAGCGUCGCAGCGGCUGCGACGCCAAGUAGUUUGGGCGAGCAAGGUGGUUCGAGAACCGGUAGUGCCCAGGCGGCGAAAGUUUUCGUUUUCUUGGUCAUUGGGACGCUGUUGGCCGACGGCGUAAUGGUACACGUGUUAGCCUCGUCAAUAUAAUCAAUUUUGAUGACCCAACAGACCGCAUGCGCAUCGAUUUUGAUACUGCACAACAAGCAUGUCACGAACUGGUUGUGGUCUCGUGAAGAAGCACAAGCUUUGAUUUUCGGGCUUUCGUUAAUUUUUUUUUCCUGUUGCCAGUUCGAUUUCAUUUUCGGCACACCUUGGCAAUUAAAUACGCAGUGGUGCAUAGACGAAGAAGAUGCCUGCCACGGGUUCUACGAGGCCACUUACACUUUGGUGAUGAACCAUAAUUGUUUUUCCCUGUAUGAUCUUUCUGAGUCGCAACUCUAACCACUCAUGCCCAGGUGAUCAGGAAGACGCAUGCCGAUUCGGAGUCAGAUUGGAACUGGGUUAAUACGAUGUCCGGUAUUUGAAUAAUUUAGAUGGCGUCGUAGGACGUAGUAGCACCUUGCGCCUGCCAAUUUUUAUCUUUAUUUUUGACAUUUCAUCCAGAUGAUCUGGAUCAUUUUCCACCAAAAUUGUCCUUGAAAUCCAGCAUGCCCUUUCCGAACAACAGCUCACGACCGCCUGCCUCUGUUGCCCAGAAGUGGACCACGACAGAAUUGAUCGACGACACCGUGGAGAGACAUUCCAGUGAUGCGGCGUUAAUAUAGCAUGAGAUAGCUUUCUACUUGUGAAUGAGCUUCAGCCUAGUAGAGCUAAAUUUUCUAUAUCGCUUUCCGCUUUGCAAAUUGAUAACGCUAUGUAUAUCUAUAUGAAACAUUGACUGAGCUAGUUUAACCAAAAACUUCUCCAAACCAAUUGAGAUUGAAGAAGGUGAUUCUGCAAGUGAAAUAAAAUUACUUUUGACUUUACGUGGGUCAUCAUCUUCAUCAAGAAGUUUCCUCCACUUAUUCUGCUCUUCGGCAAAAUUGGCUGUGUCCCAAAUGGAUGAUGUUGAGCUCCUAAUCCGAAUCAUCCCCGUCGAAUUUACCCUGUACUCGAACUGUAGGUUUGAGUUGAACAGACGACCUUUUUUCAGUCAUCAUUAAAUUUGUCGAGCACCUCUGACUUGUGUGUGUCCGACUGUGAGCUACGAUGUAUAAUACGCAUUUUUUUCCUCUUUUCACCUCAUGCUAUCGGCUACUGUGCACUGAACAAUGGACACUCACCUACUUAUUUUGAUUUUGCGUGUGGCGCUAUCAAAAUCUAAUCAAUCGCCAGAGUAUGAUAGCUGCCCGCUUUAUUUGAUCUCGGCCGUCCGCUCAUUUUAUUGUUUUUUGGUAGCAAGCUAAUACAGUACCGAACUACAAGAAGCUUGCGCCAUAUUGUUUUUGUAUGAUUGCUUACAGCGAGCUGCUUUUCAAUUUGAACUCCAGGUUUAGCGACACAGAACUACUUUUGACUUUAAUAUGCAGGUAAAGUAUUUUCGUGAUGAUAUUUCUUCUCGUGAGCGUCCUACCGAAUGAAGCAAAACUAUCUAGUAUAUAUGAUUGCGUGCCAGCGCCAGGUGGAGCUCCAGCAAGUGCAAUUCGAACUCCAAAUGAAUUCAAGCUGCUCCGCGAACUUUGGGCUUGAGCUGAACAGAUGAUCUUUUUCCAGUCAGCAUCAUCAAACCUCAAGAAUAGAUUUUCGCUGCACUUGUUUCCUUUCUAUAAUUUGUAUUGUCAUCUUACUUAUCGCAUGAUCGAUGAUCAUUGGUCGCUUUUCUUCUCGGCCGUUCGCCUAUUUCUUAUAUGUGUGAUUGGUUAGUUUUCAAUAUCUCUAUUAGUGUGAUUAUUGAACACUUUUGAAUUUGAGCUCCAGGUUUAGCGACACGGAGGCUUGCAAGUAUUUGCCGUGGCUUGCUACAGAAGUCAAACCAAUCCGCUACAUAUAUAUAUUAAAUGAAAAGCAAAAGAUGCCAAUGCCUUGCUACUUUGUUUUAUUUCAAAACCACGCGUGUUCAUGUUCUUGUGCGCCAUUUGUGAGAGCACUGACUCGCAAGAAAAUACUUGAGAGACUUGACAGCUGUUGCUAUCAGUGAGACCGCUGCGCCCAUUUCCAUUAUUCGAGCAAGAAUUCAAUGGCUGGAGCCGCAGAUCAUGAUCGAUCUGCAACGGGGCGCAGGUUUAGGCCGGUGCUUCAGGCGCCAGUGAUGACGUUCGCACUUACCAGCUGACCACCAGAAAACGUACAAGCGAACACUUGCUCGCUCUUCCUUCUCCUUCUCCUUCGCCCUCUUUAGGUCCCCAUGCUCUUCUUCCUCUCUUGAAAAAUAAAAUUAUCAGCGAUUUAGGUGUGCUUUUAUCUAUUAUUUUUAGUUGUUUUAUUAUGAUUUUAUGUUUACUUUGCUAUGCUUAUUGUUGUAUUUCUCCUCUCUGAAUAGUUUGUGCUUGGAGGGUUCAUGUUCAUCUUCAUUUAUCAUACAUGAUGACAAUUCAGCAGCGCAUCGCCAUGGUGAGAGUACGCUGGCUGCAUGGAUAGGCAUUACUAGAACGUGAAUGCCGUGGCAGCGCGGAAGGGGUUGGAUGUUGAGAAAAUGAAUAAAAUUCGAAUCGAAGGCUCUAAAGUCAGUGAGCCGAGCCCGAGCUUUGGAUCACCUUCGAACGCAUUCUUGUGACUGUCUUCGCAUUUCGACUUGCAUCCAAUCCGUGGAUGGUUGUGACUGCCAUUAUUUGUGUCGAUUGAUCGUUGG